AUGAAUACCUGCAGCUCUUGCUAUCGAAAGCUUCCCCCUGAAGCAUUCAUAUAUGAGAACAAAUUAAAUAAGACUGAUCACAUUUCAGAUGAAAUUGGUAGAUUAGAAUAUGAUACUACACUUUCUUCUACUUUUUGUGUUAAGCUACCCUUAACACCAUCGGCACAGAUGUUAGAGUAA